AUGAAAAGAUCAGCAACGCAUUUUGAAGAUCUUUCAAAUGAACUUUUACUCGAUACUUUCGAUUUUCUUAAUGGUUAUCAUAUAUUUGACGCUUUUUCUAAUCUUAAUAACCGUAUCCAACAACUCAUUACUAGUCCUGAUUUCUUCCUCAAAUUAAAUAUUUCAUUUAUGUCUAAAUCAGAUUUUAACAAACGUUCGAUCAAUAUUAUCCGUCCAUAUAUGAAUCAAAUUAUUUCAUUACAAUUAUCAGAACCAUUUGUCAUCAAAAAUUUCUUUAGAACAUUUCCUAUUGACACAUCAUUCAAUCGUCUCGAAUCAUUGGUACUUAAUGAUCUUAAUGUAGAUGAUGAUGUUUCUAUUCUUAAUAGUUUAGCUCAAUUACCUCGACUCUACUCUCUCAAAAUCUUUUGUUACGAAUGUAAUGAACUAUUUCUUAUUUUUCAAUCAAUAUUUCUUCUACCUGUUUUACAAUAUGCCAAAAUUUUGUGUUCGAGCUUUGGUGGUAGAUUUCCGUUUCCCCUGGCUACGAGCGAUAGUCAACGAAGCAUGACUCUUGAAUAUCUAUCCUUUGGUUUUCCAGCUGAUCUUUCAAGUAUUUACAAUCUUCUAACAUAUACACCUCAUCUUCGUCGUUUGUCAGUUGAGCAUAUGUGGCCUGAUAGAUACAUACUACCAGAACAAUUUAUACUGCUACACAAUUUAACUAGUGUUUCUCUACGUUAUUGGUCUUAUUCAUUUGAUAAAUUCGCAUCAUUCAUUGCAAUCGUUGGUUCUGAACUCGAAUUCUUACGCAUUACAAUUACUCAUAAAACUGCCCUAUCAAAUGCUUAUCAAUGGCAACAAUUAAUUUUACGUCACAUGCCACGUUUGCGUACGUUUCUCUUUGAUUACCAUGGUCCAUUAAUUAAAGAUGCUGAUGGAAAUAGUCGCUGUCGAACAUUACUUGAUGAAUUUUCUUCGCCAUUUUGGAUCGAACGGCAAUGGUUUUUCGCUCAUACCCAUUGCCAUGGUCAUCAUUUUUAUCCAGCAGAAGUAUGUUUAGCAUUCUAUUCAACUCAAAUUCGCCGGCGAUACUGUUGUCAAAUUGAUGAAUUUUUAGAUAAUAACAUAUGUUCGUACCAAGAUCCAGUCUUCAAUUUAUUUUUUGGGCCACGGAUUAAUAUGAAAAAUCGAAAUAUUGUUGCCAAUUUUUCUUUUCAAUUUCCUCGUGUAACUGAAUUAGAACUUACCGAUAAUUAUAAUACAAUAAAUAUUGACUCAUUCAUUGAUAAUCUAAGUCAUAUUUUUAUUUUGACAAAUAUUACUUAUUUGGAGAUUUCAUUCAAUAAUAUAUUGUUGAACAACUUUAUUAAACUUCUUAAUCGUAUGCCUAAUGUUCAAAAAUUGAUUCUUUAUGUACAAUUAUCAUCUGAAAUGGAAGUAUCGUCAGAUCAACAAGCUAAUACAGUUGACUUGGUAUGCAAUAAUAAUGUGCGAAAUGUAAAAAUAACUGGUGAACUUCCACUUGCCACUGUUAAACUAAUCAAUAAGCUUUUUCCUCGACUAGAACAUCUUCGACUUAUGUACAGAAAGAAUGCUCUCAUACCAUUUGUACGAACUUUGUUAUCGAACAGAAUUAAUAACAGUCAUCUUUUUUUACUGAUGUUUCAUGAUAGUCGUGCGAAGAUCAAAAAAUUGAAAGCAAUGAUCAAUAAUGAAAAACUACUUGAUAAUUAUGAUAUCAAACGUCGACAGUCUGAAUUGUGCUUAUGGUGGUAA